CUAACCACGUGCGUCAUGACGUCACGCUGCCGCUACCGCUACGUCUUCCUGUUUACCCGGAGGUUCCGCUGUGUGAAACGCGGCCGGUGUUUUGCUCGGUGUCUCGCCGCUAUGCUGCUCACCCAGCUCCCUGAGGACGUGCUCUACCACAUCUUGCUUCAUUUGGAUCGCAGAUCUCUCUGUCGUCUCUCUCAAGCGUGUAAAAGCAUGAAUCGCUUCGUAAACCGGGACGCUGUGUGGAGGAGGAUUGCAAAAGGCUGUUUAAACAGCGGGAUAACCUGGAACGGGACGGACAUAUAUCCUAAUGUCCCUCUGAAGGAACGAGUGAAGACAGCUCAGAACUGGUAUCAUGGAUUUUGUAAAAAGUGGACUCUUCUCAAAUGGAAGACAAAGCUGUUGCCAUGGUUACAGUUGGACGGCAAUGUGCUGUACUUGUCUCAGGCUGCUAAAAUCGGAGCCUACUCUCUGAGCCGCGACUCCAGGAGGCUCCAGCGAAUACCACUGGAAAACUUUUCGGGCCACAAGGGUGAUGUCUGUCGCUUUGUCCUCACAGACUCUCACCUGAUCAGUGGAGGAAGUGACGGACGGAUCUUGGUCCACAGCAGAAGACGUAACAUGUCACUGGGGCUCAUGGGUCAUAGCCAGGAAGUGAACUGCCUGGACUCUAAAAACGGACUCAUCAUCAGUGGAUCAAGAGACCGAACAGCUCGAAUGUGGACUUUGACCUCCAGCUCCCCUUUAGGAACGAUUCCCAUGUUUGACAGAGUUUGGUCUGUUGCGAUUAGUCCCACUCAAAGUUCCUUUGUAACAGGCACUGCAUGCUGUGAGAACUUCUAUCCUCUUCGUAUCUGGGAUGUGGAACGAUUAGUGUGUGUAUGCAGUCUGGGCUCGGAGUUUCGUCGUGGUGCGGGGGUGCUGGAUAUAGUCUUUGAGUCUCCGUUCCAGCUCUUCACCUGCGGUUAUGAUACCUUUGUUCGACAGUGGGACCUGCGGCUCAGUCCACAGAAGUGUGUGAUGGAGUGGGAGGAGCCUCAUGACAGCGCUCUCUACUGCAUCCAGACAGAUGGAAAUCACAUGAUAGCCAGCGGCUCGUCAUACUACGGUGUGGUCCGUAUUUGGGACAAACGUCAAACCAAAUGCUUGCAGUUCUUCCAGCUGAGCUCUGACUCUUUGAGCAGCCCAAUAUACUGUCUGAGAUUCAGCAGCUCUCACCUGUAUGCAGCUCUGGCUACUGCCCUGCACUCCUUGGACUUCAGACAGCAACCUGCUCACAUCAGAUGACACACACACGCAGUCAAACAAAGACUGUUAACACUUAUAAAACCAAUAAAGAGGUCUAUUUCUUUCUC